CUCCGUCAAGCCAAGAGGACAUGCAGCUCGUCAGCGAGCUGUCAGCAGUCAUCGAAGAUGCAGCUUCUUUGAACGAGACGGGGACGAGCGAGCCGAUCAAGCUGGUCCUGGACAAGGCUGUUGGCAACCUCCACGACACCUUCUACUCUCCGGGGAGCCUGGAGUUCAUGUCGCUGGGAGAGUGGGCGAAGACGCCAGAGGAGCAGGGAGUGGGACGCAACGUUCUCAAGGAGAAGCUGGGGAAGUGGCUGCAGAGCAAGCGCUGGACUCGCGUGCAAGGAGAGAGCAAGAAGGCAAGGAGGGGCAGCGCGUUCUCGCCACGGGCAACGGCAGCUGCUGAGCUUGAGCAGGAGGCGGAGAGCGACGACAUCGAGCGUCGAUCUCUUAGCUUCCUGUUCAUAGCACUGAGUAAAUUCGCAGAGAUGCAUGUGCUGGCCUGCUCGCUGAAGGUGGACAAGAAGGACCGACUGCGGGUGGAGAUGAGGGAAGAUGAUGAAGAAGAGGAAGACAUUGAGGAAGAGCAAGGCGAGGGCGAGGAAGAAGACGGGGCGAGCCCGUACCGAGCUUGAGCUGAGCUCAAGGUAAGGAGAGAAGGUAGGAGGCGACCGAAGGCCAAGGUGAGGAGAGGCAACUCUCCUGAUUGAGGCUGAGGAAGCUGAAUGGAGGAGGAGUAGGUGGCGACCGAAGGCCAAGGUGAGGAGAGGCAACUCUCCUGACUGAGGCUGAGGAAGCUGAAGGGAGGAGGAGUAGGUGGCGACCGAAGGCUCAAGGUGAGGAGAGGCAACUCUCCUGACUGAGGCUGAGGAAGCCAAGAGAAGACAGCAGAAGUAGAAAGUAGAAAGAGACCUCAGAAGCAGGGUUCGCAUUGUAGGCCGUGUACUCCCAGUGCUCGCGCACCUCUUUAGACUAGGAUCAAAUUGCAAAAGCCCACAAGGAGGCCGAGCAACAUUCUAGCAUUCUAAUAAACUCACAUAAUAAU